AUGUUGGCCAACAAAGGGAAAUUUGGACAUGAAUUUUUAGAAUUUGAGUUUCGACCUGACGGUAAGCUUAGGUAUGCUAACAACUCCAACUACAAAAAUGACACCAUGAUCAGAAAAGGGGCUUUUGUACAUAAAUCCGUUAUGGAAGAGUUGAAGCGUAUUAUUGAAGAUUCUGAGAUCACGCAAGAAGAUGACAGUGCUUGGCCAUCACCAGAGAGAGUAGGAAGACAGGAAUUGGAAAUUGUAAUAGGAGAUGAGCACAUUUCUUUCACAUCAAAGAUAGGAUCAUUGCUGGAUGUCAACCAGAGCAAAGACCCUGAUGGUUUGAGAACAUUGUACUUUCUGGUGCAAGAUUUGAAUUGCUUGGUGUUUUCGCUAAUUGGACUCCACUUUAAAAUUAAACCCAUCUAACUGUAUUCCCAU